GGAUGAGGUCAAGUUCUUUCACACCAGACUGGGAAAACCAUUUCUUGAUAGACCUGGUUUUGUGCUUGGGAUGUCAUGUGUCCGGUCAUGUUGAAAUGGAAAAAAGGUCCAAGACAGGAAGUCCAAGCCAGUAAAACAAACCGUACUAAAAGUACAAAAAAGUAUGUGACCAGGGGUGUCCACUUACUUAUGGACAUAUUAGCAUAACAUUUAUUGUUUCAUAGUCACAUUUUUGUAUUGUACUCUUGUGUUUGCAGAGGAGGGAAACCCAAGGGCUAAAAAUGGACUGGUUCCACUGUAAUCAGUGCUUCACAAAGAGAGGGUCGAAGUUUGCAGUGUCCAGCUGUGGCCACAUCUGUUGUGAAGCAUGCAUUAAAUCUAAGCAGUGCACUGUAUGUGGGGCCAGCUGCAGUUAUCUGCCCAUCACAGAUGAGGUUAGUGAGUUUGACAUCUUCAGGUUAGUGUCUUAUGCCACCAACAGAGAAUUACCUUAUUUUACACUCCCAACUUAUUUUGUCUGCACAAAUUUUCUAUUUCAGAUGAAGCCACAGGAAAAGGUGUUCUUUAAGGACCCCGUGAAGCUCAUCCAGUCACGGCUGGAGCAUAUUUCACAGAUUGCGCUUUUUCAGCAGACACAGAGGGAGAAAGUCAUAGAGCACUUCAAGCGCAAGUCUGUUGAACUGGAAAGGCAUCUCAAGGAAGUCACUGAGCAGGGCUACAGGCAACUCUCUGAGCUGAAAAGAGAGAACGCUGACUUAAAAAAGCAGCUUUCAGAGCUAAAAAGAGAGACUGAUGAUUUGAAAAGGCCACUUUCUCAGCGUAGGGUUUCUCCAGGACAGUUUCCUGCAGAUGGUACCCAAAGGAUGUCACUCCCUGUAGCUGUCACCUCCCCAGUUACCCGUCAUUCAAGAACUAUGGGUUACGUAGGCUCAGCAGAAUUGCAGGGGUGGGCCAGAGACACAGGUCCCAGUCUGUCUGCCCUCAGAACUCCUGGAUCAGCUACCUCUGUUUCAAGCCACAGUUCUCUUCAUGAACAUGUACACAGAACACCCACAUCCUUUAACACCCCUACAAGAGCUCAGCAUCGGACUCCUAAUGUUUUCCAGUUACAGUUUAUGAGUGGAUUGUCAAUACAGUCACCCAGGCAUUAAUGGACAUGGCCCCUAACAAUUCUGGGGACAUUUUCAGGAGUCUUUGGCCACAUAUCUGUUCGACAGGACUGUCAUAUCUGACAAUUAAGUGUUUGCCCAGUUAACAGUUGGCACCAGUGACGAAUGUUACAGAUGUUGUACUGAUGUUAUUAUAUGGUUCCUCUGUUCAUGAAUUAAUCUAUCAAAUUAUCAUAUUAUCUUGUCUUUGGGUAACUAAUGGUCGUUUUCUGGCAAUAUAAUUUUUAGCAUCACUUUAUA